UUUCCCUGCUUGUAUUCUGAACAUUCACACACAGAUUUUGGGCAUCAUGCAGCACUACGGUGUGAACGGAUACUCCCUGCACGCCAUGAACUCCCUGAGCGCCAUGUACAACCUCCACCAACAGGCGGCGCAGCAGGCACAGCACGCUCCCGACUACCGGCCAUCCGUACACGCCCUGACCCUCGCAGAGAGGCUAGCUGAUAUAAUUCUGGAGGCUCGUUACGGCUCUCAGCAUCGCAAGCAGCGGCGCAGUCGCACGGCGUUCACCGCUCAGCAGCUGGAGGCCCUAGAGAAGACCUUCCAGAAGACGCACUACCCCGACGUGGUGAUGCGCGAGAGGCUCGCCAUGUGCACCAACCUGCCCGAGGCGAGAGUCCAGGUUUGGUUCAAGAACCGGCGAGCAAAGUUCCGUAAGAAGCAGCGCAGUCUGCAGAAGGAGCAGCUGCAGAAGCAGAAGGAUUCGGCCGAAGAGACGCUGAGCGAGAAAAACGAAUCCCCGUCUGGUGUAACCCUGGACAAUCCCGUUCCCCCGUCGUCCACCUCCUCUUCCUCCUCCGCCGAGGCCGAGGGGCCGUCUGAGCUGAGCGUGGAGCUCAACGUCACUUCGGCCGAGCAGUCGGGAAGCGAGUCGGCUACAGAGGACGCCGCCACCGACCGGGAGGAGGAGCUGAAGCUGCACCAUGACACCACCAAACCAGAGAAGUCCGGGAGUCUCUCGCCCCCCUGCAAGCGGCUCAGUCCCAAACCAGAUUCUCCGCUGGCCUCGCCGUCCAUCACGUCCUCGUCGGCCAGCGCGAGCGGUGGCGUCUCUCAGAGCCACUCGUACUCGUCGUCGCCGCUCAGCCUGUUCCGCCUGCAGGAGCAGUUCCGCCAGCACAUGGCCGCCACCAACAGCCUGGUGCACUACCCGACCUUCGACAUGGCCGCCCCCUCGUCCCUGCCCUACCUGGGCAUGAACGUGAGCGUGCCGGCGCCGCUGGGCUCGCUGCCCUGCCAGUCGUAUUACCAGUCUCUGUCCCAGCACGCCCAGCAGGUGUGGAGCGGGCCGCUGCUGCAGGCCUCGGCCGCCCUGCCCCCCCACAACAGCAAGACCAGCAGCAUCGAGAACCUGCGGCUCCGGGCCAAGCAGCACGCCGCCUCGCUCGGCCUGGACACCCUGCCCAACUGAGCGGCCCGACCUGCUCCACCUCGUCCAUGCCCACAUGAGCCCGUCAAACCCAGGACUGCAUCAAAACGACUGAAUCUUCAAAACUGAAAAGCUGUGUCUGCACCGAGAUUCCCAACAUGAGGACUCACUCAGUCCCAAAUAAGAGACUCAAAAUGAGGGACUCGCGCAGAACUAGCAUUAUAGACGCUAGCUCUUAAAGAAAUACACGUCUUCAGAUAAAU